AUGAAAGCAGGGGGAGAGCCUAUGCAACAUGGUGCCCCCCAGAACGAAGGUGACGACAUCAUGGCAACACCCCCAGACCUAACGAGACAUGCAGGAACCCACCAGACCACGGCCAAGCACAAGAUCACGCCAGGAAACGAAGAAACACCUGACACCGGACUGCCCACCAACAACUUCCUGCCACACAACCCAGAAACUGAAAUCCAGUUCGAAAACAUCCCCACGGAUGACCACACCACAGCCAGAGCCACCCGCCGACCUGAAGCUGCAGCAAGUUCAUCCAGCUCCACAAGCUGCAGUACAAACCAACCAGGCGAACCGGCAGUCAAUGUCGACCAAGACGAAACCACUGAAACAGAUGACGACUCACACCGGGAGACACCAAAGACUCCCAAGUCAGUCAGCAUCUACGAGGUAGACGGCGAGGAUGACAGGACUGCCGCCCUGCCUAAGGCCGCCCAAGAAGAUGCACAACUGACGGAAUAUCCCAAGAAGCAAGCAGGAAGCAAAACCAGACCAGACAAGACAACUGAUGACCCACCAGAGACUCUGCCAGAGAAACCCACACCAGAACCCGACAAGGACAAGCCACAAAAGAAGGCAGAGACGGCCAAACAAGACAAUGAUGAAGCGGCCACACAAGUCACACAGGAAAUGAUCCGGAGGAACCUGUGCAUCAUAGGCGACCCUACACCGACCACCAAAAUAUGGUACGGCACUGGAUCACGACUGAACAUCAACCUUCUCCAGCCCUUCAAUACUUGCGACAUUGCCAGAGGAGGAAGCGAUAGAAAUGUCUCGGCAGUACUACGAUUGAUGGAAGCCUCCGAAUUUGGCAAAAAAGAGAUGUGCAUGAUGGAUACAAAGGGGACACCAGUGAAGGACGGACAAGGACGGACCAAGGUCACCCCAGCACACGAAUGGAGCAUGAGCAUGUUACACGAAGUCAUGACCAAGGCCACUCACGGACCCAUCAGCCUCCCCCCAAUGGGACGCUGA